UUUUCCCGGCAAUAAUCCAUAGUUUUAUUAAUCUUCCGCUUUUUCAACUAUAUUUCUCAUUUUAGUAUUUUGAGCGAACUUUGUUAUUUUAGUUGAUAUUAAAUAAAAUCAUUGCCAGCACUGCAAAAUCAGUAGUCCAACAAAUAUAGACGAAAAGUCGCAAUAAAUCAUCGACUUCACAUCGAAUAAUCUAGUAAAAAAGACAUUGGAACUUUUUGAUAGAUUAGCGACAUCUAUAAUAAGUUGCACCAAGUCAAAAAUAUUCUUACUAAAGAAACAAUUAAAUAGUUUCUGUUCACAAAUAUUUUCAUUUCCCCAUCCCACGUACAUAAUACCCUCUCUCUCUCUCUCCUUUAAAACCAAGAAAGCCAUUAACUUCUCCCAUUAGAGAAAGAACAAAAGAAUCGUAAAUAUGUCAAACCCAUCUCUUUCAUCCAUAUAUUUUCUACUUCUCCACCACAUCAAACCCAAAUCUUGAAUACAUACAGAUCAAAGAAAAGGAAAGAUCAAAGAGAUUAUCAUAUACUCGAUAUCAUCCGAUCUUUCAUCUAUGGGGGCGGCUUCAUCGAGCAUCGCUGGAUCAGAACCUUUUGCCGGAAAGUUAUGCGGUCUCGAAGAUGUGCCUGAGAACUGUAUAACGGCAAUGUUCAUGUACAUGGAGCCACCGGAGAUCUGCCUACUUGCUAGGGUAAAUAAGUCAUUUCAUAGGGCGUCGAGAUCCGAUGCGGUGUGGGAACACAAGCUUCCUUGUAACUACAAGUUUCUGGUCCGAAGAAUUCUUGAAGAUCAACAACAAGUAGGAGAAAAAGAAAACCUUAUCAUCCGCAAGAAAGAGAUCUAUGCAAGGCUUUGCCGACCAAACCUCUUCGACGCCGGCACAAAGGAAGCAUGGCUGGACAAGAGAAGUGGGAAAGUGUAUUUGGCGAUAUCACCAAAGGCAAUGAAGAUAACCGGCAUUGAUGAUCGCCGAUAUUGGGAACAUAUUUCUUCUGACGAAUCCAGAUUUGGAUCUAUGGCUUAUCUCCGGCAAAUUUGGUGGUUAGAAGCAGUUGGGAAAAUCAUAUUCGAAUUUUCACCCGGAAAAUACAGUUUAUAUUUCAAGAUACAAUUAGGAAAACCUAUUAGAAAGUGUGGGAGGAAAACAUAUAGUUUGGACCAAGUUCAUGGUUGGGAUAUGAAACCGGUCCGGUUUCAAUUGUCUACAUCGGAUGGCCAAUGCGCUAUGUCGGAACGGCAUCUGGACGAACCGGGGAGGUGGGUUUAUCAUCACGCGGGUGACUUCGUCGUAGAGAAUCAGAACUCACCCGUUUGGGUCAAAUUCUCUAUGCUCCAGAUAGAUUGUACACAUACCAAAGGUGGGUUAUGUUUAGAUUGUGUGAUCAUAUGUCCAUUUGAGUAUAUAGGGAAAUACUAAUAUUCCGAUUAAAUGUUUUUUAGAGGUUCUGUUGAUAUGUUAGUUUUUAGGAUUUUUUUUUGUCAAUACAUAAAGUCUGUAUUAAUAUAAUUAAAACUGUGAAAAUUUUGGAUUAAUUUUUAUGCAGAUGUAGUUCUAGCCUUCUAGGUGAGAAUGUUAAGUAAGGUAUGGUACUAUAUAUGAUUUAGCGAUGUCGUAAUAUGUAAAAGUAGAGGAAUGUGAAAAAGAUGUAAAAGUUUUUCAGA